GCUGUCCCUGCGACUCUCCCUCUACUCCCCUCAUCUUCCCUCAGAUACUGUACAGCAGGCAAAAAAAAAAAGUCGGAUCAAGCUUUUCCGGUCUGCUGGCACUAAUUUCCUCUCAAGACCUCUGGCGUUGAAGCUGAGGAUACGCACAGAUCCAGAGACAGAGAGCGACAUCCUGGGGAAGGAGCAGCAGGGAGGACCUGGUGAAAUUAACCGCACAGUCUUGCACCCGUCUCAAGGGGUUUUCUACCACGGGUGAGUGGAUCCUGUGAGCUGGGAGAGGAGGAACAGAGAGGGAGAAGGGAGCAGAAUGCUUCGGCAGAUGGGAGCGCUCCCGAGUCUCGUCGCGGCUGCUCCGUGCUUUCCCAUCCGCGCGUCUCUUCGUCUCCGUGAAGCCGCCACAUAGCGGCCGCCGCUGCCCGUCCUCCUCUCCGUCGCCACUCCGGGUAUUUGCCCGGCUCGUUAUUGCAUAACCCAGCGUCUCUGUCACCAGCCCCGACUUGAUUCUCGUCAGUCAGCGGUGAGGGGAUCCACAUCUUGUUUACCGGCCCAGCGAGAGCAGCGAGGCGUCCAAGCAGGAUUUUAAGCCGGAUCAUCACGCUGUCUGGCGGUGAUGAGAACUCACCCCGAGUGGAUUUCACUGGUGUGCUGCCAGAAGCAUCUGGAAAGGAUAAGACAGGAAUACACUCCCCCCUCCAGAGUACCAGAGGAUAGUUCACAUCUCAGACGGGUCGGUGUUUGAGCUGUGCAGCUGCUGACUGAUGCCUUUUAGCUUGUGUUUUAUUGGGGAAUAGUUUUAUUCACUCUGGCUGCCCCAACUGACACAGUUCAUAACCAGAUUUCCUCCUGACCCCAGUGGGCUUGAACAUGUUGAAUACCCCUGUCCUUGUUGCUUGCAGCUGGUGACUGAAGGAUAAGCAUCCUAUUCGAGAAAUCACAACAGAUUAGUAAUCCAGCAAGGUUUACUUUUAGCGAUGCAGUGAAGAUGUGUGCAGCCAGAUUCAGUGGCUGCCUCAAUGGCUGUGCUGAGGAGGCCCCCAGUAGUGUUGCAGGGGCUGCUGGUUCAGUCAUGGUCUCCAGGAUGCUGGACUGGUCUGAGGCAGGUGCCCGCAUCCUCCACAGCCUGGAAAUGGGCACAGUGAUGACCAUCUUCUAUCAGAAAAAGUCUCAGCGCCCUGAGAGGAGAACGUUCCAGAUAAGGCAGGACACGAGGCAGAUAGUGUGGAGCAGAAACCCAGACAAAAUAGAAGGAGAGAUCGACAUACGGGAGAUCCGGGAGCUGCGGUUGGGGAAGAGCUCCCGUGAUUUUGAGCGCUACCCUGAGGAGGCUCGUAAGCUGGACUCCACCCACUGCUUUAUAGUGCUGUACGGCCUGGAGUUUCGCCUCCGGACCCUCAGUGUAGCUGCCUUCAGUGAAGAGGAAGUCAACAUGUGGAUCACUGGACUCAACUGGCUAAUGAUGGACACGCAGAGGGCACCGGCACCACAACAGAUUGACAGGUGGCUGAGGAAACAGUUUGAAGUAAUGGACAGGAGCCACGAGGGCAGCAUUACAGUAAAGGAUGUGAAAGCUCUGCUGCCUCAGGUCAACUAUCGAGUGCCCAACAUGCGCUUUCUCAAAGACAAGCUACAGGAGGUGGAGGCCAGGAGCGACCUGUCAUACCCCAACUUUGCACAGCUCUACAGAACACUGAUGUUUGAUGCACAGAGGAGUAUUAUUGAGCAGCUGGAGCUCUCCUUCCCUCUGCGAAAUGUUGACAGACCAGAGCUAUGUCAAAUCUCCCUCUAUGACUUUCAAAAGUUUUUACAGAUGGACCAGAAGGAGUCCUGGGCGUCAGAUCUUGGUCGUGUCAGGGAGUUUCUUAUGGGCUACAUGAGGGGGGCACCACAGCCUGAGCCGAUGCUACAACUGGAUGAGUUCCUGACCUUCCUGUACUCUAAAGAGAAUUCUGUGUGUGACCCUCGUCUUUCACCCGUAGUUCCUGAUGACAUGAAAAGGCCAUUGUCUCAGUACUGGAUCUCAUCUUCGCACAACACGUACCUGACAGGUGACCAGUUUUCCAGUGAAUCAUCUCUAGAAGCCUACGCUCGCUGUCUGAGGAUGGGCUGCCGCUGCAUUGAACUGGACUGCUGGGAUGGACCUGAUGAUCUGCCAAUCAUCUACCACGGCCACACAUUAACUUCCAAGAUCAAAUUCCUGGAUGUGCUGCAUACCAUCAAAGAACAUGCCUUUGUUAUAUCUGAGUAUCCUGUGAUCUUAUCCAUCGAGGACCACUGCAGUGUGGUCCAGCAGAGGAACAUGGCCACGCACUUCAAGAAAGUUUUCGGAGAUCUGCUGCUCACCAAACCGGUUGACAAUAACGCAGAGGAGCUUCCUUCGCCCUACCAGCUCCGCAGGAAGAUCCUCAUCAAACACAAGAAGCUGGUUGAAGGAACCCUGUAUGAAGAGGUGACGUCAGCCAGCUACUCUGAAAACGACAUCAGUAACUCCCUAAAGAACGGCAUCCUUUACCUCGAAGACCCCAUUGACCAUACGUGGACGCCACAUUAUUUUGUCUUGACCAGUAAUAAGAUUUACUACUCUGAGGAGACAUCUCAUUAUCAGACAGCUGACGAAGAGGAGGAUGAUGAAGGAAAGGAGGAGUGCAACAACAAUGAGCAGCACUGUGCAGAGCGCUGGUUUCAUGGGAAGCUGGGUGGAGGACGCGAUGGCCGACAGGUGGCUGAGAAACUCCUGCAGGAGUACUGCGAGGGCGGGGCCAAAGACGGCACCUUCCUGGUCCGGGAGAGUGAGACAUUUGUUGGAGACUACACCCUCUCCUUCUGGCGCUCUGGUCGGGUCCAGCACUGCAGGAUACAUUCACGUCAAGAGUCUGGCUCCACCCGCUUCUACCUGACUGAUAACCUGGUGUUUGACAGCCUCUACCGGCUCAUCUGCCAUUAUAGAGACACGCCGCUCCGCUGCAACGAGUUUGAGAUGAGGCUGGGAAACCCUGUACCUCAGCCGAAUGCACACGAAAGCCGAGAGUGGUACCACUCCAACCUGUCCCGUGUUCAGGCUGAACACAUGCUGAUGCGUGUGCCCAGAGACGGAGCUUUCCUGGUUCGAAAACGCAGUGAACACAACUCCUACGCCAUCUCCUUCAGGGCAGAGGGUAAGAUCAAACACUGCCGUAUCCAGCAAGAAGGCCGUCUCUUCAUGUUGGGUAGCUCGGCAGAGUUUGAGAGUCUGGUGGAUCUGGUGAGCUACUAUGAGAAACAUCCUCUGUAUCGUAAAAUGAGGCUCCGCUACCCCAUCAAUGAAGACACUCUGGACCGGAUGGGCACCACGGAGCUUGACUAUGGAGCGCUGUAUGAAGUUCGCACUCCUCAUUUCUAUGUGGAGGCUAAUAAGAUGCCCACAGCACGGUGUACGGUCAAAGCUCUGUAUGACUAUCGAGCUCAGAGAGAAGACGAGCUAUGUUUCCCCAAACAAGCGCUCAUCCUGAAUGUGGAUAAGCAGGAGGGCGGCUGGUGGAGAGGUGACUAUGGAGGAAAGAAGCAGCUGUGGUUCCCUGCAAACUAUGUAGAGGAGGUCCCUAGUUCCCCCACUAGAGAGAUGGAUGAAGCAUCCACAGAGAACAGUCCUCUGGGAACUUUCCUCAAAGGCUUCAUAGAUGUACCAACCUGCCACCUGGUGGUGCAUAAAGACGGAAAGAAUUCCCGGGCCUUUGUGUUCACUAUCCACUCCCAACACCUCUCUUCUCAUCCGGUCCAGACUCUGGACGUAGCAGCUGACAGUCUGGAAGAUCUCACCGGCUGGGUCAGCAAGAUCAGAGAGGCUGCACAGAAUGCUGAUGCACGAAUGCAGGAGGAGAAACAGAUGGAGAGGAGGAAGAAGAUUGCAGUGGAGCUGUCUGACCUCGUGGUCUACUGCAGACCAGUGCCCUUCAAUGAGGACAAGAUUGGGACGGAGCGAGCAUGUUACCGGGAUAUGUCCUCCUUCCCGGAGACAAAGGCAGAAAAGUUUGCGACCCGUGGCCGAGGGAAACGCUUUCUGCAGUACAACCGUCGUCAGCUUUCCAGGAUUUAUCCCAGAGGACAGAGGCUGGACUCCUCCAACUAUGACCCUCUACCUAUGUGGCUCUGCGGCUCACAGCUGGUUGCACUCAAUUUCCAGACCCCAGAUAAACCCAUGCAGCUGAACCAAGCUUUGUUCAUGCUUGGAGGUGGGAGUGGCUAUGUUCCCCAGCCUGACAUCAUGAGGGAUGACAUGUUUGACCCUUUCGACAAGGACACAUUGCACGUGGAGCCAAUCACCAUCCAAUUACAGGUGCUGGGAGCUCGCCAUCUGCCUAAGAAUGGCCGGAGCAUUGUCUGUCCUUUUGUAGAGUUGGAAAUCUGUGGAGCCGACUAUGACAGUUACAAGUGCAAGACAGAUGUUGUAGCUGAUAAUGGUCUGAAUCCUGUGUGGGUGCAGAAGCAGUUUGUGUUUGAUAUCCACAACCCCACCUUCACCUUUCUGCGCUUCACUGUCUACGAGGAGGACAUGUUCAGCGAUCCCAACUUCCUGGCACAGGCAACUUACCCAGUCCGUCUGCUCAAAACAGGCUACAGGAGUGUACCUCUAAAGAACAGCUACAGUGAGGAGCUCGAGCUAGCGUCCCUUCUGGUUCACAUAGAAAUCGUCAAUGCUAAGGAGGAAGACGAUGAGAACUUGUACACAUCCAUCCAGCGGUUGCGAGAUCGAACCUGCGAGCUGUCCAACCAGGUUUCUCUCCUGGAGAGGUCAGGCUCCGCAGACCUGAGCUAUCAGCAAAGUCUGGAGGAGCUCCGAGCCGCUCAGGACCAGCUGAGUGAGCUGGUGGAGGCUCGCAACCGCAGGCUGAUGGAGAAGAAGAGAAGGGAGAAGCUGAGACAACAGGUGAUAGCAAAGCGCAGCUAAUCCUCCCGUCCACCCGAGAGCGCUAAACUCCAACACAAACUGUGCCUCAUAGGUUGUGUGGUGACAGCCUGAAUAGAACAGGGCUCGGUUCCAGGAAGCAUAUUCAAUAUACUGUUAGUCUGAUAAACUCUUAGUUGAUUAACUCUGAUAUCAGAAGCUCAAGGUUUUCAGUUUCAGAACAGCUCAUAAGUGUUUUCUUUCUCUACUCACUUGCAUGAGUAGAGAAAGGAAACACUCAUCACUGAAGAUCAGAUACCACAAUGCAACAGGGGAAUAUAGUGCAGAGUCUUCAUUUUAAUCAAAUGAAUGGAGGAAUGUGAACAUGUGCCAGUGCUGACUAUGACAUUUAUCGGGGGGGGGGACUCAUUUUAAUUUGCUUGGACCAGUCUGUUAUCAUUACAGACCUUACAAACUUUUAUAUGAAAUUUAAAAUUUUCUAUCGUGUUUCACAGUCCUUUACAUGAGAUGUGCAUCCAAAACGGACCAAAAACGCAUGAACUGGGAAAUUACUGAAGCCGAAUUCAAUCCAGGCCCGAUCCAGUAUGAAUCUGUGAUUCUUGUCCAUUUUCAAUCUUUUCUGUUGUGCAAGUGGACUCCAACCUGACCAUAGUUUCUGAUCCAUUGUGGAGCCUAUCAUAGGCUACCUGUGGGCAAAUCUGGGUCUGAGUUGAUCCAAUGAGAAAGAUUCAGGUGAUUUUUUUUAGUCGAAAACAUCAGAUUCAAAUUCUGAUUUUCAGACUCUCUACCAUUCAGCCUGAUGUUUGACUUUAAUUUAAUGAGUUAAUGACUGAAUAUCAAUCUGUGAACACAUUUCAACAUGAAAUCUACAGAACACACCGCAUUUUGCCUAAAAAGCCAAUUUAAAAUACAUUUUUAGACUCUUAAUGCCCUUUCAGCCUAAUCUUCAUUCAAAUAUUCAUCUCCAACAUCUGUGACUGAUAGUAUGACCGAUAGCAACACGGGAAAUGAAGUUCAUUGACCAGUGUGUUGUCUGUCUAACGCUUCAUACAGAUCAAUUUAACAUAAACAGUAAUUGCUACAGUGCUCUAAACUUGUUGAUAGGCUGACAGUUACACAACUGUCCACAGGGUCACAGAAGAGAUGGAUCUGAGUGAGGGUAAAAGCACUCAAAUCUAAAAACAGCUAACUGAGGUCUAACUGGGAUUUGUGUUUUUCUAAAAAUGUAAAUUUCCUUAAAUGAAUUACCUGUGCUAUGCACUUUCAUAGUGAAUGAGGAGCUGAAUCAGAGUAUCAGUCAGCUGAUUCAGCAGCAGCAGGACAUUGAGCGGUUUUAGUUCUGUUUACCCAGUGACUGAGUUUAAGUUAACUCGCUUUCUGGAACAGAAAACCUGGCGUUUUCCUCAUCUCAGGGUUAACAAAGAGUUGUUAGAUAAACCUGCUUCCUGGAGUAGACUCUAGCAGGCUUUCUACAGCAGCCACAUGCAAUCCAUUUAGAAGUGAAGAAAACAUGUUCUUUGACGAGAAAAUAUCAUAUAGUAUAGCAACGUUCUGUGCUGAGGGCAGAAUGAAAAAAGUAAACACAAACAUAAGUAUCUCAUGGACUGAAAAGACAUAAAACUAAGCUAUAAAAACAAUCGUGGACUAAAGGCUGAAACAUAUUAAUUGCAAACUGUUUUUUCUGUGACAGAUUUCAUGAAAAGUAGAUUGCAUAACAAAACUACAACGUGUUUCUAAUACUUUUGGUAAUAGUGUCCAAUGAAAUGGAAUCUGGGGAAGUUUAAACCAUUGGUGAGAAAAAGAAAGUGUUUGAAAAUGAAAUAUUUAUGAAAACAGACAUUAUUCAUUAUUUUGAUGGACCUGGAAGUUAUUUAAAAAGGAAAAACAAUCAGUACAAUAACAAAUAAUGAAAUUAUUCUUUAAUUAUUAUUUGCCAUUAUUAUAAAGAGUCAUUGUGGGAAUCAGCAGUAAAUACAGCUAGCACUUUUUCAAAUGCAAACACAAUAUAAAUUUCCAUUUGACAUUUUCAGAUGAAUGCUGUACAAUUUAAACAAUAAUUUACCUACAAAUCUCCCCCUGAAAUUUGCACUUACUUUGUUUCAGGCUUUACCAAGAAAAACAGGAUAAAAAGGGAGACGAAAACUCAGGUUACACAAAUGUGGGGAAUGAAAAAUUUAACUGUUCGUAAUGGAUGGAAAAAGGGGUUAGAGGGCACUUGUAGCAAAAAGGAAGUAUCCUGUAUGUGCCUUUGUUCUGGAGUGUAAUUACUCUUGUAUUUAAGAAAGAACAGGAGCUCUCUUUACAACUGGAAUAAUUUCCCUUUUAGGGAAAACGAUCUACAGUCUAGAGGAACAUGCUCAUUUGGUUUUUGACCACUACCCAUUAAAUAGGGUUUAAAGGGAUCUAAAGAUGCAAGUCUGUUCCUCCUAAUCAAGACCAAGUCCUCGGGUGAUCACUUGAACUCUGCCUCCAGGUGGUGGGGGCUUCUGUCAUAGACUUUCUUGUUCUGCCGGGGAGAGCACAAAUUCUCACCAAACCACGUAGAGAAGGUUUUUUUUAAUAUUUCUUCAAAGGGCUCUAAAUUUAUCUAUACUACCUUCAGAGAAGUGUGAGAACAGUGAGUGGGGGAGGAGACGAGAACGCUCCCCUGGGUGUCUGCAUAGGGGCUCAGAUGUGUUCGCCUCUACAGGGAAACACCCACAAAUAAAGGGCUAUCACUAAAAAAAAAAAAAAACAAGCAAAGAAAAAAACAACAACAAAAAAAACCUAGUAAAGCAUUCUUUUUACCUGCCAGCUCUGAUUUCAUGCCUUGUUUCUAAACCAUCGAUCAAGAUCAGUUUCCAUCAUCUGACUUUAAUCAACAGAUGUGGCCCAACUGGUCCUGAAUUUGCCAAAAGCAGCUUUGAUUGGACCCUCUGCAUGACUUUAUAUUUAACCACCCACCCCUGUAGCUACUUCAUCUCCUCCCCUGUCUGAUUUCUCAUUGUAUAUAACUUCUUUUAUUUAUCAGACAGCUGUAGAUCCUGUUUUAAUAGAUAAAAGAACGUGCUACAAGGAUGCUAGCGGACUUCAGAUUGAAGAUACUAUAACUUUAUGUAGAAAUUAUUAUUGUGUACCUGGAGCUCCCUUUAACUGUCCCCGUAGACACAAACCUCUCUUUCUCCCUACACUGCAGUUGCACUGGGUAGGGACUUCUAUGCAAAGGUCAUCGUUUUGGCCUAUAGCCAUUGUGUAUUAGGCGGUUGACACAAGUUGUGUUUUUCUCUCUGCACCUAUGCUAACUGUCCAGUAUUAUUAUUCUGUAUUGCAAAUCAUGUGCAAGUUUCCAUUUAAUAAAGCUCUUUCAUGUAA